AUGACGAAAAAUAAAAAUAAAAAAAGUGUAAAUUUAGACGAUAUAUCAAUCGAAGAUAUAGCAAAUAGGUUAGUCCAAAGAUUAGAUAGGGGACAUAUAUUUCCACCGUAUUAUAACGAUCCAGAAUACUUUAUACCAACCGUGUCCGGUAAAAAAAGUUUUCAUAAACCCAAACGUCCACAAAACAGUUUCUUAUUGUGUAGAAAGAAUGUUCAUAAUGAAGCAAAAAGACAGGGUGCAUGUAAUAUGAGAAUUGUUAGUAAAGUCACUGGAAUUUUGUGGAGAGAUGCCUCACUCCAAGAGCGUCUGGUCUAUGAAAGAUUGGCAGAUAGAAACUCAUUUACUUCAAAUGAUCAUGUACAAGUCAUAAACCACUCAUCAAUUGAUAAUUUGACUCUUCCUUUAUUAUCGCCAUCAUCAACAUUCCAAUCAUCUUCGUCGUUAUCUCCUUUUCCACCUUUUUCUACAUCAACUUUAUUUCAAUAG